AUGCAGUUUGAGUCGGACUUCCGGUUCGACAUGGACGACAGCUUCAGCAUGUGCAGUCAGUCCAUGUCAUGCCCAUCGGCAGGCACAAGCUUCUCAUCAACAUCGUCUGCGUACGAGCCUUUUACUCCUACAUCUCGACGUUCCACACCAAAUGAGCUCAGCCUUGAUUUCGAGGGCGCAUAUGCCACCUUUGGAGCUCAUCAUGGCGACCUCACAUCACCUUCCGGGCACAUGUUUGGGGGUCCCGUAAAGUCUGAACCCGAACACUUGGCUUUCAACGAGGGCAUCCCGACCACUCCGAUGAAGAAGAUUGACGGCAUGGCCACUCCAGACUACGACCACAUGCUCGAAAUGAACAUGGCAUCAAGACAGUCAAUUGGUUCCAUCACUCCCUCAGGCUCUUUCCCCUUGUAUACUAUUUCUCCAACGACUAUGGGGCCAACUUCAUUCAUGAUGACUCCAACUCACAGCCUGUCUGGCUCUGAAGUUGCUGAGUCUUCGUCAUCCUGGUCAUGCUCGAACGAGAGCCCCAUUUCCUUCUUCCCUCAAAAGAGCCUGGGAUCUGUCGACUUUGAAAGCUUGGAAAUGGACAGACAUUCUCAGUCGCCACUGGAUACAUAUCACUUACAUGGACCCCCUUCUCCUGGACGCCUCCGUGCUCACCGCAAGAUGAUGGUACACGAGAUUCAAAGAAAGACCACUGAGCUGCAACGUGCCCAGAUCCGGGCGAACCGCAAGAUCUCCGGCGGGAAACCUGAAGGUGCCGUCGAUGUCGUUCGUCGAGCCAUGUGCAAGUGUGACUAUCCCGGCUGCCACAAAGCUUUCCGCCGCAAUGAGCACUUGAAACGUCACAAUUUCCACGGUGAAGGACCCAAUCGGUUCUCCUGUGAAUUCUGUGGCAAAGACCAAUUCAACCGUCAGGACAACCUGAACAACCACCGCAAAUUACAUGCUCGACCCAACAGCAGNAGGAAUCGCGGCGUUGAAUUCAUUCCGGCUGCUGUUCCCAUCAUUGAACAAGAGGAACGCAGUCGCAAGAGACGAGCGCCACCCAAGUCCAAGACAGCCGAUAAGCGUGGCGAUGACUACUGA